CAAAGCCUCUUCUGUCUUGGUUGCUCUCAGCUCAAGUCUAAACUCACGACUCAAUCACUGUAAUUUUUCCUUUUCCAAAAGCUAACAAAACAAAAGAGCUUCUAAAUGGUUUCCUUGUUUUGAUCUCUGUGAGAACAAGAACUCUCAUGAAUUCUCAACUUUAGAUACUAAUUUUUCAGCUCGACAGAAAUGGAGUGGGCAACAGUGCAGCAUCUAGAUCUACGCCAUGUAGGUCGAGGUGUUUAUAAACCAUUGCAACCUCAUGCUGCUGCGUUUCAUCCUACACAAGCUCUCAUUGCUGCCGCGAUCGGUACUUACAUAAUCGAAUUUGAUGCCUUAACAGGAAGUAAGCUAUCUAGUAUUGACAUUGGUGCACCUGCUGUGCGCAUGGCUUACAGCCCUACUAGUGGCCAUUCAGUUGUUGCUAUUUUAGAGGAUUGCACAAUUAGGUCAUGUGAUUUUGAUACGGAGCAAACAUGCGUACUGCAUUCACCUGAAAAGAGAAUGGAACAAAUAUCUUCUGAUACAGAAGUUCAUCUAGCAUUGACCCCUUUGCAGCCUGUUGUUUUCUUUGGUUUUCACCGCAGGAUGAGUGUUACUGUUGUUGGAACUGUUGAAGGGGGAAGGGCGCCGACAAAAAUAAAGACAGACUUGAAGAAGCCUAUUGUAAAUCUUGCAUGCCAUCCGCGCCUCCCUGUGCUGUAUGUGGCUUAUGCAGAUGGCUUGAUUCGAGCUUACAACAUUCAUACAUAUGCUGUAGCAUACACACUGCAACUUGACAAUACAAUUAAGCUUAUUGGUGCUGGUGCAUUUGCUUUUCAUCCUACACUAGAGUGGAUUUUUGUUGGUGAUAGACAUGGGACUCUGUUGGCAUGGGAUGUCUCAACUGAGAGGCCUAAUAUGAUUGGAAUUACACAAGUAGGCUCUCAACCAAUCACAUCAAUUGCUUGGCUCCCUACUUUGCGGUUACUUGUCACAGUUUCCAAGGAUGGAACUCUGCAAGUGUGGAAGACACGAGUGAUUCUUAAUCCAAAUAGACCUCCAAUGCAAGCAAAUUUUUUUGAGUCUGCUGGAAUUGAAUCAAUUGACAUCCCUCGAAUUUUAUCUCAGGGUGGAGAAACGGUUUAUCCUUUACCCCGGAUUAAAGCUUUAGAAGUUCACUCAAAAUUGAAUUUAGCAGCUUUGUUAUUUGCAAACGUUACAGGCGGUGACAACUUGAAAAAUAGGGCUGCAUACACAAGGGAAGGAAGGAAACAACUCUUUGCAGUUCUGCAAAGUGCCAGGGGAUCAUCAGCAUCCAUUUUGAAGGAAAAGCUCUCAUCCCUAGGAUCCUCAGGAAUUUUGGCCGACCAUCAACUUCAAGCACAGCUGCAGGAGCACCAUCUUAAGGGCAACCAAAGUCAGCUUACAAUUUCAGAUAUAGCAAGGAAAGCAUUCCUUUACAGUCAUUUCAUGGAAGGCCAUGCCAAAAGUGCUCCGAUCUCUCGGCUGCCUCUCGUUAGCAUUUUGGAUACCAAGCAUCAUCUGAAGGACAUUCCUGCUUGCCUGCCCCUUCACUUGGAGCUAAAUUUCUUUAAUAAAGAGAAUAGGGUGCUUCAUUAUCCUGUUAGGGCUUUCUAUAUUGAUGGAGUGAAUCUCAUGGGAUAUAAUCUUUGCUCUGGAGUGGAUAAUAUAUACAAGAAACUUUAUACAUCAGUUCCUGGAAAUGUGGAAUUCCAUCCGAAGCACAUUGUAUACAGUAGAAAGCAACAUCUAUUUCUUGUUAUUUAUGAAUUCAGUGGUUCUACAAAUGAGGUGGUCCUUUAUUGGGAAAAUACCGAGUCCCAGCCAGCCAACAGUAAAGGAAACACAGUGAAAGGUCGAGAUGCAGCAUUCAUUGGUCCCAGUGAAAAUCAGUUUGCAUUUCUUGAUGAAGACAAGACUGGGCUGGCCCUGUACAUUCUGCCUGGUGGAGCUUCAAAAGCAGCUGGUGAAAAAAAUUUAUUAGUUGAAGAAAAUCAGUCAGUGGAAACAAAUGCUAACUCUCUUCGGGGUCCUAUGCAGUUUAUGUUUGAAAGCGAAGUUGAUCGUAUCUUUUCUACCCCAUUAGAGUCAACUUUGAUGUUUGCUAUUCAUGGAAGUCAAAUUGGUCUUGCAAAGUUACUUCAGGGAUAUCGCCUUCCAACUUCAGACGGUCAUUAUAUUCCAACAAAAACUGAAGGGAAAAAAUCGAUCAAGUUAAAAAAGAAUGAGAUAGUACUUCAGGUGCACUGGCAAGAAACUGCUCGAGGCUAUGUUGCAGGAAUACUAACAACUCAAAGAGUGCUUAUGGUUUCAGCAGAUCUUGAUAUACUGGCUAGCAGUUCUACAAAGUUUGAUAAAGGACGUCCUUCAUUUAGAUCCCUUUUGUGGGUUGGCCCUGCUCUUCUUUUUUCUACUGCCACUGCAGUCAGAGUGCUUGGCUGGGAUGGAAUCGUUAGGACUAUUGUCUCUAUUAGCAUGCCCUAUGCAGUUUUGAUUGGCGCUUUAAAUGACCGAUUGCUGUUUGCUAAUCCAACGGAGAUAAAUCCGAGACAAAAGAAGGGGGUGGAAAUUAGGAGUUGUCUUGUUGGACUCCUUGAACCUCUUCUUAUUGGAUUUGCCACAAUGCAACAAACAUUUGAGCAGAAGCUUGACCUGUCUGAAGUACUGUACCAAAUAACAUCAAGGUUUGAUAGUUUGCGCAUCACUCCAAGAUCUCUUGAUAUACUUGCUAGAGGUCCUCCUGUUUGUGGAGAUCUUGCAGUUUCAUUAUCCCAAGCAGGUCCACAAUUCACACAGGUCCUGCGAGGGAUCUAUGCUAUCAAAGCUCUCCGUUUUGCAACUGCUUUAUCUGUCUUGAAGGAUGAAUUCUUGCGUUCUCGAGAUUAUCCAAAAUGCCCACCAACCUCUCAGCUAUUCCACCGGUUUCGACAGUUGGGAUAUGCCUGUAUCAAGUAUGGCCAGUUUGAUAGUGCAAAAGAAACUUUUGAAGUUAUAGCAGACUAUGAAAGCAUGCUUGAUUUGUUCAUAUGUCACCUUAAUCCUAGUGCCAUGAGGCGUCUUGCUCAGAAAUUGGAAGAUGAAGGUGCAGAUCCAGAGUUAAGACGAUACUGUGAAAGGAUUUUAAGAGUUCGUUCUAGUGGAUGGACACAAGGUAUUUUUGCCAAUUUUGCUGCUGAGAGUAUGGUUCCCAAAGGACCAGAAUGGGGUGGUGGGAACUGGGAAAUUAAAACUCCUACUAAUUUGAAGAGUAUACCUCAGUGGGAGCUGGCUGCAGAAGUAAUGCCAUACAUGAAAACUGAUGAUGGAACUGUCCCAGCCAUUAUUACGGAUCAUAUUGGCGUUUAUCUGGGAUCAAUAAAAGGAAGAGGCAAUGUUGUUGAAGUAAGGGAGGGUAGUUUGGUCAAAGCUUUUAAAUCUGCUGUUGAUGAUAAGCCAAAUGGGCUUCCAAAUCCUUUAGCUAAAUCCUCAUCUAAUGAGUCAAAGGGAUUGCAUGAGGGUAAUUCAAAGGGAGAUUCUUUGAUGGGUCUGGAAACUCUCAUUAAACAAAAUGCAAGCUCAUCUGCUGCUGAUGAACAGGCCAAAGCACAAGAAGAAUUCAAGAAAACAAUGUAUGGUGCUGCUACCAGUAGCAGCAGUGAUGAGGAGGAACCUUCGAAAGCCAGAAAACUACAAAUUAGAAUACGAGAUAAACCAGUUACAUCUGCGACAGUAGAUGUCAAUAAGAUCAAAGAAGCAACAAAGACAUUUAAACUGGGUGAGGGGUUAGGCCCACCCAUGCGGACAAAGUCAUUAACAGGCUCCCAGGACCUUAGCCAGAUGUUAUCCCAACCUCCUGCUAUGAGUGCAAAUGCACCUACUGCUUCAACGAGUUCUUCUGCUGCAGUGGAUUUGUUUGGUACCGACUCAUUUACACAACUGGCACCAGUAUCACAACCAGGUCCUACAGUUAUGGGUGUGGGAGUUGCAGCAAGACCUAUUCCAGAGGACUUCUUCCAAAAUACUAUCCCGUCCCUCCAAGUUGCAGCAUCAUUGCCUCCUCCUGGAACGUUGCUUGCAAAAUUGGACCAAACUUCUAGGCAAGGUCAAACUGUGCCUAAUCCAGUUGGUGCUUCUGCGGCUGCCAUUGGUCUUCCUGAUGGUGGUGUUCCCCCGCAAACCACUCAGCAAGCUGUCUCACUUGAAUCUAUUGGACUUCCUGAUGGCGGUGUCCCACCACAAGCCUCUAGUCCUGGUGCUGUCCUACCUCAGCCUCAUGCUCAGGCACCUCCAAUCCCUGUUUCUUCACAACCUCUUGAUCUCAGCAUCCUUGGAGUUCCAAAUUCUGUAGAUUCAGGAAAACCUCCUGUGAAAGAUGCUUCUCCGCCAUCAUCUGUGCGACCUGGACAGGUUCCCAGAGGAGCAGCUGCUUCGGUAUGUUUCAAAGUUGGACUUGCCCACCUUGAGCAGAAUCAACUUCCUGAUGCAUUAUCAUGUUUUGAUGAAGCUUUCCUUGCACUAGCUAAGGAUAACUCCCGUGGAGCUGAUAUUAAGGCUCAAGCAACCAUCUGUGCUCAGUACAAGAUAGCAGUUACUCUACUUCAGGAAAUUUCACGACUGCAGAAGGUACAAGGCCCAAGUGCACUUAGUGCAAAAGAUGAGAUGGCAAGACUGUCACGUCAUCUUGGAUCUUUGCCUCUUUUGGCAAAGCACCGAAUAAAUUGCAUUCGAACAGCCAUUAAACGCAACAUGGAAGUGCAGAAUUUUGCAUAUUCCAAGCAGAUGCUUGAGCUGCUUCUGUCAAAAGCUCCACCAAGCAAGCAGGAUGAACUGAGAAGUCUGGUUGACAUGUGUGUUCAGAGGGGAUCAUCCAACAAGUCCAUUGAUCCCCUGGAAGAUCCGUCCCAGUUCUGUGCUGCUACACUCAGCCGCCUGUCAACCAUUGGAUAUGAUGUUUGUGAUCUCUGUGGGGCUAAAUUUUCUGCCCUCUCAACACCUGGAUGCAUCAUUUGUGGUAUGGGCAGCAUUAAAAGAUCUGAUGCACUUGCAGGUCCUGUCCCUUCUCCAUUUGGCUGAGGCCUACAGAGGGAGAGUCUCGCAUGCUCUUGUCGGGACUGGUCAUGGGAUCUGAUCCUGGAUAUUUCGUUGCUCCUUCCCAAGUCCCGACUGAUAUGAAGUUGCUGGUGCUGUAAUGUUUUUCAGAGAAUGCCCGCUUAUCUUAUCAUGGAAAAGAUUCCAGCAAUACCAGCGACAUCAUUUAGUGUAUAUUUGUACCAUUAAUUUGUUUUGUAUUGAGGCUUUAUAUCUCUGGCCUUUCCGGUCUCUCCCUGCUUUUCAUGCUUCAUUGUCUUAUAUAAUCAUCAUCUUCAUUUUUUUAUUGCCGUUCUAUACCUGCAGUUGUGGUAGCGCAUCACUAACUUUCCAGAUAUGCAAUUUUGUAGAAAAUGCUACAAUUCCUGUGGUUUGUAGUUAUGGGGUUGCUUUUCUUGGUCAUGAAAUUCCUUGAUGAACAGAUUAGUGUUUUGUAAUAUUUGGUUGUGGUAUUUGAAGAUUUGAUUAGUUUAAACGGACAGGUUUGUUUA